CCAUUCGAUCCGAUGACCAGUUCUCCACACACGUUUUUUUCGGCUUUGUGCAAGCAAAUCGAGUGCAAUUUCAGCGAAAACCCUUUCCUUUGUGCGCGCCGCGUGCAACUUGGCCAUUUGUUUGUCGCGAAUCGUGACUCCCCGUGAGGCAAACGAUUGGCAGAGUUUCGGCAAGGGAUGGCAACACUGCCGCACGCCGGCCAUGUUAUUGUGAUUUGUAAAAGGUGGAACGUAGACACGUGUUUAAUUCGUGCAGCUCUGUAGCGCUGAGAAAUCGCCUUAAAUCGCCAGCAAAUAAACAAGUAGACCAUACAAAACACGCGAGUGCAGUACAUUCAAUUGAAAACCCCCAAAAAUAGUGAGCAAAAUAAGUUAUCCAAGCGGUUGCGAGAGAUCUUUCAAUAUUCAGCGAAAAUGGUAUCCAGUCGUCCUCUACUCUACCUCUCACUGCCCGGUGUAGCAUUUAUACUCGGCGUCUUCUGGUUUCGGCGUAGAAAUAAAAAUCGUUUAGACAAGCCCGAUGACGAGGACACAUCGGCCAUCAAGGACUCGGCGAUUGAGCCCACUCUGCAGGUGCGCAAGGCCAAUGGAGUCCUGCAGAAUGGUAAAUUGCCGCAGCAACCGGCCAGCAAGUCGAUGAACAUCAAUGGAACCAUAGCCAACGGAAGCGGAAGUGGUGGCAGUAACAGCGGAAGUGGCAGUGAUGAAAAGGAUAGUCCCACUAUGUUGUAUGGCAAAUCCGCACCGAUCAAAAUCCAGAGUAAUGGACGCACCUCAAAUGGCAAGCAUCAGCAGCAGAUCGAUUCCGAAAUGCUCAAGUCAAAGAUCCAAGAUGCCGAGCACAAGAAGCUCUGCUCCAUAGAUGAGGAUUUCGAGAAUCUAUCAUCGCCACGUGAUCUACCAGAUUCGGUAAAUACACGUGUAUCGUUUUAUAAUCGUAAGGCCAGUCAAAAGACAGUGGAACCGGUGGUGAUCAAGGCCACACGUACACCGAAGAUAUCGCCGGAGAACUCCUUCCUAGAUACCAAUUACACCACCAAGGAGGAGUGUGAGCAGAAUAACAACUGUGAGCCCAAGGAGAAGGGAAAGAAAGAGGAUGUUGCCAAGGAAGAGACCACCAAGAAGUCCAAUGGGGAGCAAGAGCAGGAGCCGGAUCAGGAACCGGAACAGACGGUGCUGAAGGAGGAACUGGUGGACAGUAAUGGCAAUCAGAAGCGCAAUGUGGAUGCGGCCAGCCCAUCGCUGAGCAUUUGCAGCGUUCAGUCGGGCGAUUCCGGCAAGGGAUCCAGUCUGCCCCGCUCGGAGGCGACACGCGUGAAGACCACCUAUGAGUUCCUCUUCCCCAUCAGCCUGAUUGGUCACCUGUACGGCCGCAAGCGGACGUUUAUUAAUCAAAUCAAGGCCAAAACCCUGGCCAGCGUCGUUCUUAGCAAGAAUCCCUAUUCGAGCAAGGUGCGCAUCUGUACCAUUGAGGGUACCGAAAGCGAAAUUGAUGCCGCACUGGCCAUGAUCCGUCAACGUUUGCCUGCCAAGCGGUAUCCCAACUUUACCAUGCAACGCAUCCACUUUGCGCUUCCCCAGACCAUAGUUCCUCUUUCGACCGAAAGCCUCUACAAUCUACAACUGAAACUGAUCGAGGGCAUCAACAAUGAUGUGGUGGUGAGCGCGGUGCUGUCCGGGUCGCAUGUGUUCAUCCAGCACCCGCUGCAUCCCUCGCAUCCAUCGCUGCCCAUGCUGCAGAAGCAGCUGUACGAUAGCUACUCCACCAUGGAGUCGCCCCUGCUGCCCAGCUUGGAGGUCAGUGCCGUGUGCGUGAUACCCAUCAAUGGGGUGUGGUAUCGCGUUCAGAUCGUGGAUACGGAUGCCGAGGACGAGGAGCGUUGCCUGGUCAAGUUCCUCGACUUCGGUGGCUACAUGAAUGUCGGCUUUGACACACUGCGCCAGAUUCGCACCGAUUUCAUGAGUGUGCCCUUCCAGGCCACCGAAUGUAUCCUGUCCAACAUUGAGCCCAUCGGUGAGACCUGGUCCAUCGAAGCGGCCGAAAUCCUCAACCAACUUACCAAAGGCAUUGUCUUGCAAGCACAAGUCGCCGGCUACAAUAGUCACAACAUACCAGAAAUCUAUUUAUUCGCUUCUCUAGGUCCCAAUAAUGUAAUCUUUAUCAAUAAGGAACUGGUCGCCAGAAACCUCGCAAAGUGGGUGGAGAUGCGUGACUAACAGCCUUCGUGAACAACUCAACUAGUAACCAAGAACUAAAUGAAAACUAAAAGCAAACUUAAACAACAAUCACUCAACACACAAAUCAAGCAACUUGGCAGUGCAACAAGGGAAUGCUUGAGUCUUGUGCAGCAGGCUCCAAAGGGCUGUGUAUCCGGAUGACGAAUGCGGAUGCAGCUUUUUUACAGAUAGCAUGUAGGCACAUAGAAUAUAGCAAACGGUAGAUUCCAGAAGAACUGCCAAAUUGCAGAGGCCCCAAACAGAAACAAAAACAAAGCAACACGUUCGUUAAGUUGUAGAAUGCGACUGAGCCUAGGGAAAAAGCGCCCCCUUAAUCAUUACAUAACAUAACAAACACAACACCCAAACGCAAAAUACACACACGCAUAUAUGAAUAAGAGCACCUAACACCUCACUAACACACACAUUAUACACAAAAAAAAGGCAAACGUUUGUUUGUUGACUGCCCAGGAUUGGAUACCAAAAUGGGGGAAGGAUCAGGCUAGGUUAUAUGAUUUGUGACCUCGUGGCACCAACGGGCGGGCGGGCAUCCUACGGAUCGGCUAGAACUGUCGGAUUUGAGAACGGACCGCUUAAGAUAUUACCAUACUCAGUUUAUAAGUAGGCAUUACUCUACCUAGUGUAAAUAGUUUUUAUAAAUUUAACAAAAAUGCAAAAACAAAAAUACACUAAAUAUAAACUUAACUAAAAUAUCAAGCGUUCAUCAGAUAUAAAGAAAAAGAAAAAAAAUAUAUAUAUCUUGGCAAAAAUAGAGAGAAACCUGAUAUAAUUUAAAUUUUAUGUUGCUAUUUGCUGAGAUCUGUAAAUAUUAUAAUAGGCCUUUUUAAAACUGAUAAUAUCUGAACGAUCAUUUUAUAUAUUUACAUGCAUUAUGUAACUUUCGUUUAAUUUGUAUUCAUACUGAAACUACUCAGACAACGACACCAGACAACCAGACACUUCACUUCACAGCAAUUACCAACAAGUGUAGGCGAAUUUGAACUCGACGCAACUCAACUGCGGCUAAAACAACUGGGGAAAUCUUCGGUUGGUCAAAUAUUAUUUUAGUUUAUCACAGCUCUUUGGGGGUGGGACUUUUAAAUUUAUUUCCGUACAACUAAAGAAGACUAUGCAAAUUUCACAUUUACGAUUCGCGAUGGCCGAAACCUAUAUAAAAACAGGAAUUAAACAUAUUAUGAUUUAUGUCAAUGGGAACUUGACAAUUCCUCAUUUUCCAAUCCUCUUCAAAGGGAUGAAAUCGCUCUGAUAAUGCAAAAUGUCCGAAAUAAGCUCGAAGAAGUCAAAAAAAUCCGUAGAAUGUGAAAAACAGGAAUUAAACAUAUUAUGAUUUAUGUCAAUGGGAACUUGACAAUUCCUCAUUUUCCAAUCCUCUUCAAAGGGAUUGGAAAAUGAGGAAUUGUCAAGUUCCCAUUGACAUAAAUCAUAAUAUUUUUAAUUCCUGUUUUUCACAUUCUACGGAUUUUUUUGACUUCUUCGAGCUUAUUUCGGACAUUUUGCAUUAUCAGAGCGAUUUCAUCUUCUAUAUCUUCCUCGGUAGAAAAGUUAUUAUGGGCACUGAAGUCCUCAUUCAUCGAUAUCGGCGAUAUUGAAAUUAUUCCCUGCCUGAUCCAAUAUUCCAGUUUCCUAGUUUUACCAUUGAUAAUGUGUUUUGUUUUCCGGACGCCUCCAAAGGCCGCAAAAAAAUAUUUAUAAAACACGCGGUUUUAUAAAUAUUGUUUUGCAAAAUUUUUCACCCCAAAGUUUUCGUAUGGUUUUGCCAUCAAGAACGUUGGAGAGUACAAGAUUACUUUGAACAGCUGAAAGUAAGAUGGAGAUGAUGGAGUUAGAGAAGAAAGGAAAUUAGAAAAGAAACAACCCCUCACCUCACCUCAACACCCGCACUUAAGCCGCAGAAUGCCUAACAGAGAAAAACCACUUGAAAAACAGACAAAUUAACAAGUUACAAAUUCUAAAUAUCUAUAUAUGCGUGUGUGCCAUUGUUAGUCAACAAACAAACAUAAAAUAAAACAAAACAAAAGAAAACAAAAAAAACAGAAAAAACUAUUAAGCAAACAGAAAUGGAUACGUUUUCCCCCAAAAAACCCAUUGUAAAUAAAAUCCAUUUUGACAGACAAAGAAAUGCAAAAAAAGAAAAAACAAAACAAUAAUUGUUGCUACCAAAACUAGCCUCUUGAAAAACGGAGUGAAAACCUCUAAAUGCCUUUCUUUCAAAAUUCUUUUGUAUACGCAAGAAUAGCUAACUCUUAAAGCAAGGAAAUUGUUGCAAACUAAUCGCUUACCAGUUAGUUACCAAUUCUGGGUGUCUAGCCUAGCAGCAAAUUAGGUAGAAUUGUUCUAAAUGCAGCACAACCACAACAACCACAACCACAAUACAUCAAUAAUACAAUAACACACUAACCAACAAAUCAACCAACCAACCAACCAUGUUAACCAUAUUUAUUUUGUUCAAAAGAAAUGAGUUUUAUUUGAAAUGUAUUUCACAUUGAGAAUAGAUCGGCAGCAACGGAAAAAAAUAUAUAAAUCAUUUAUGAAGAUUUCAAUAUGAUCAAUCAAUCAUAAUUCAGCUAAA